UCUGACCGACUGGCACGCCCCUCAUUUUACACAGGAGAGAGGCUGUUCACCUGCUCAGACUGUGGGAAGGGAUUCACUCUGUCAUCUGACCUAAUGGCACACCAGCGAGUUCACACCGGGGAGCGGCUGUCCACCUGCUCGGACUGUGGGAAGGGAUUUACUUCGUCAUCUCAACUGAAGGUACAUCAGCGAGUUCACACUGGGGAGAGGCCGUUCACCUGCAAAGACUGUGGGAAGGGAUUCACUCGGUCAUCUAACCUAAUGGCUCACCAGCGAGUUCGCACCGGGGAGAGGCCGUUCACCUGCUCGGACUGUGGGAAGGGAUUCACUUCGUCAUCUCAACUGAAGGUACAUCAGCGAGUUCAUACUGGGGAGAGGCCGUUCACUUGUUCAGUGUGUGGGAAGGGAUUCACUCAGUCAUCUCAGCUGAAGGUACAUCAGCAAGUUCACACCGGAGAGAGGCCAUUCACCUGCUCAAACUGUGGGAAGGGAUUCACUCAGGCAUCUCACCUACUGAGACACCAGUCAGUUCACACCAGAGAGUGGCCAUUCACCUGCUCAGACUGUGGGAAGGGAUUCACUCAGUCAUCCGCCCUAAUGGCACACCAGCGAGUUCACACUGGGGAGAGGCCGUACACCUGCUCAGACUGUGGGAAGGGAUUCACUUGGUCAUCUGACCUAAUGGCUCACCAGCGAGUUCACACAAGGGAGCAGCCGUUCACCUGCUCGGAAUGUGGGAAGGGAUUCACUACAUCAUCUCAACUGAAGGUACAUCAGCGAGUUCACACUGGGGAGAGACCAUUCACCUGCUCAGACUGUGGGAAGGGAUUUACUUGGUCAUCGAAUUUGAAGGCGCAUCAGAGAGUUUACAGUGGAGAGAGGCCAUUCACCUGCUCAGAUUGUGGGAAGGGAUUCACUUCGUCAUCUCAGUUACUGAGACACCAGUCAGUUCACACUGGAGAGUGGCUGUUCACCUGCUCGGACUGUGGGAAGGGAUUCACUUCGUCAUCUCAACUGAAGGUACAUCAGCGAGUUCACACUGGGGAGAGGCCAUUCACCUGCUCAGACUGUGGGAAGGGAUUCACUUCGUCAUCUCAGUUACUGAGACACCAGUCAGUUCACACUGGUGAGAGGCCGUUCUCCUGCUCAGUGUGUGGGAAGGGAUUCAUUCUGUCGUCACAACUAAAGGUACAUCAGCGAGUUCACACUGGGGAGAGGCCUUUCACCUGCUCAGACUGUGGGAAGGGAUUCACUUCAUCAUCUCAGUUACUGAGACACCAGUCAGUUCACACUGGUGAGAGGCCGUUCACCUGCUCAGACUGUGGGAAAGGAUUCACUUCGUCAUCUCAACUUAAGGUACAUCAGCGAGUUCACACUGGGGAAAGACCAUUCACCUGCUCAGAGUGUGGGAAAGGAUUCACUCAGUUAAUCCACCUGCAGAGACACCAGCAAGCUCACACUGGGUAGAGGCCGUUCACCUGCUUUGGUUGUGGGAAGGGAUUCACUCAGUCAUCUCAACUGCAGAGAUACCAGCGAGUUCACACUGGGUAGAGGCUGUUCACCUGCUCAGACUGUGGGAAGGGAUUCACUCGGUCAUCUCAACUACAGAGACAUCAGUGUGUUCACACUGGGGAGAGGCAGAUCUCCUGCUCGGACUUUGGGAAGAGAUUCUGUCAGCCAAAUCAAUCAGGUUUGCAUCAUUGAGUUCACACUGGGGAAACCUGUUCAACCGCUGUGAAUGUGGGAAGCGAUUCACUCAGUCAUCUAACCUUGUAACUCUCACUUCGACUAGCAGUUUAAUGUGGGGGUCGAUAGCUCCAGGCCCGGCCAAUCUUAAGAAAUCUCGUUUGGGUGGAUGCUGCACGAUGUGUCCCCCGUUACAAAUCAGUACCCCAAAAUAACAAGCAGCACACAAUAUGUGAUUAAAUAAUUGAGAAUUAUAAUUCUUAUUUUGACUAUAGGGUUAGUAAAGAAAACAAAAUAAAGAAAAAGGGCCCACUCUCUCCAUUCACAUCUUCUCAUCUCUCCCUGGCAAAAGACCAUGAAAAUCUCUCUUCCAGACUCACAAGAAAGAACAUUUCUCCCAUUGGAUAGCCCCGCACUCCAAAACCCUGUUAUCUCUAGUCGUAACCUAAACAUUACUGCUACAGAGAAACCAUUACCUCAGCAGUGAACCAUUGCAGAGAGGCCAUUACAUUAGCAGUGAAACCUUACAGCGUGUUACACUUGUGACACACUGCCGGGUUCACACUGGGGAGAAAGUUUCAAUAAGCUGCAUGCUGGAUAUUUGUCCAUCACCGUUGCUGAAUGCAAUUUCGAGAGUGACUGUCGGUGCUGAACUCUGCAAUUAUUGCUGCUGCUCACCACACCCAGUUCUGCACCCUGGUCACUGGGCAUGGGAGGAGUUUCUUCUGCUACAUAUUCACCUUUAAUGGGACUGGAGUUUAAUAUUCUGCACCUGUGACAAAUUAAUCAGUUCUAUUUUAACCUCUGUCUUUGGUACUUACCGUGUUUAUAACACAACCAGUGUACUCAGGCCUGCAGGACCCAGCCAGUGAUUCAGUUCCACAGCAGCCCUUUUGAAUCCUCCCCUGUUGUUCAUCUCUCACUCUCCCUGCGGGAUGGGUCCCAGUCACCACUGUGUGGGUGAAGAGGUUUCCCUUGAAUUUUCUGCAGACUGAAGAAGUCGAGCUGACUGCAGUUCUGUCUGAGAUGUUCUUUGCCCCUCAAAUCUCUGGGCUGAGAAAGAAUGACAUUGGGAGUUAAUCUCCUUAUUCAGGGCUCAUUUCCACAUGUGGGUCAUUUUCCCUGCUUCUAAAGGGUUGUUAGAAAACACCACUCUCCUCUAAAGACUGAAAGCAGAAUGGGAAACCAUUAGUUGGAUGUUCAACGGACUCGGGGUCAGAAACCAGAGGCUGGUCUGCACAGAGCAGAGUUUGGGGCUCUGGACGAUGGUCGGUAUAAGAACGUAUGAUGAGGAGAAGGGAAUCAGCAGCGGGGUGUGGCAACGAAUGACAGAGUAGCAACAUUUGGAAGCUGAUUGACAGAGAAAAUCUUUCCAUUGUCUGACUGACGAUACAAACAACACCAGUGGUGAGGUGCUCCACUGGUCGAGGAAUAUGUGUGUGUUGGGAAUGGUUUUAUCUAUUGAGGGAGUUGUACCUGUUGUUUAUCCUGUAAUAUUAUAUCUGGAUGGUUCUUAUGGAUUGUCCUAUCUGAAAUAAUGUAUUGAUUAUCUUAUAAUUUGUAAGAUUUUGACUCUGAAACUGAAUCAGGCGUGAAUUUAUGGUGCUCAAUGAAAUUAUGGUGGUCAUUCAUGAGUUUAUAUUUUGAAGUAAGAUUUUGGUGAAUAAUAUUUGCCACUUGACCUUUGUACCUUUGUAAGUAAUCAGAUUGAGUUAAACUGCUACAGCAUCCUGGAAUGUGUUGGAUCGUGUCUGGUUUCUCUUGUCAUUAUCUGCACUUACUGCCUUGUUUGUUUGUAUUUCAUGCAUUUUCAAUUUUGUUUUUCAUUUUCUUAACCACCUUGUCCUGUAUUUCUGCAAGGAACCCUCUGUUUCUGGGAAGAGGUCUCCAAAACUCAGUCAGGUGCUCGAUGCUUCCCUGUCACCAUCUAGUCUGCUCAGAUCGUUGGGAUGUCUCCCAUGGAGGGUCAUAUUCAUUCCACUGGUUAAUGUUUUCUUCCAUAGUGAUGAUUCAUUUUUCUGAGUUGGCCUCUCAUUUAAGUUUCUGGUCUGUAUUACUUAUCACAAUUGCAUAUACACACAUGGAGUGCUGAAUCGUGUUCAUUUUUGAUGAAAAUAUAUACUUUCAAGUUGUAUCUGACUGUUGUGUGAUUUCUUUUUCAUGUGUGUUAUUUCUCUUCCUCCUUCUGUCCAAUCUAAGUGGGUUUGAGUGUAAAUAGUCUUUUCUAAAGUUAUCAUUUCAGUUCUUAGUUAUCUUUGUAAAUUUUGCUGAUUGAAAUGGGACCAAGAUAUUUUAAUUUUAAAAAAUGUCAAUGUUGGUAUUGAUGAAAGUGUUUAUUGUCAUUGUUGUAUUUGUUAACUAUUGAGCUCUGUUUGGCAGGUUUUUUUUAAGCCUUGAACUAAAUUUUGUCAAAGGUUUUCCCUAUUUCGCACUACUUUUUAUUUUCUUUGCUUGUUGAUAUUCCAGAUAGGUGGGUAUCAAGAGUCCCAAAGAGGGGUCUUGGCCCGAAAUGUUGAUUCCCAUCCAUAGAUGCUGCCUGACAUGCUGAGCUCCUCCAGCACUUUGUGUGUAGUUCUCUAGAUUUCUAGCAUCUGCAGGUCCUCUUGUUUCCCAGAUACUUAUAUAUUUGUUGAAAGAACAAUCUAAUAGUGGGGUGUGUGUCUCUGUUGGUAAAAUAUUAAUUAAAAUCAUUAGAAAGAGGUGGCAUUGGGUUGGAAGGUGUAGAAUCUGUGGGUAGAAUUAAGGAACAGCAAAUGUGAAAACAAAGAUCCCUGAUGGGAAUUGUAUAGAGACCUCCAAUCAGUUGUAAGUAUCUGGUCCACAAAUUACAAUGGGAGAUAGAAAAUGCUUGCCAAAAGGGCAAUGUUACAAUAGUCAUGGAGGAUUGUCAUGCAGGUGAUAAGGAAAAUUAAGUGUGUUGUUCUCAAGAGGAGGAAUUCCUAGAAUGCCUACAAGAUGCUUUUUUAGAGCAGCUCGUGGUUGAGCCCACUUGGGGAUCAGCUAUUCUGGAUUGGGUGUUGUAAUGAACUGGAAUUAAUUAGGUCACUUACGUUCAAAGAACCCUUAGGGGCAAGUGAUCUAAAUAUGAUCAAAUUCACCCUGACAUUAGAGAAGGAGAAGCUCAAGUCAGAUGUGGAAUAAAUGUGAGGCUGCUUAACAAGAUCACAGCUCAUUGAAUUACAGGAAACAUACUUGUCUGGAUCGAAGGUUGCCUGACUGAUAAGGGAAAAAGAGUCAGAAUAAUGUGGGCAAUUCUGUUUUGCUGUCGGUAACUAAUGGUGUUCCGUAGGGGUCAGUAUUGAGACCGCAUCUUUUCAUGUUAAAUCUGAAUCUUUUGGAUAACUGAAUUGAUACUUGGGUAAUUAACUUUGCAGCUGAUACAAAGGUAGGUAUGGGACAGGUAGUUUAGAGCAAAGCGGGAGCCUGCAGAAAGACUACGAUAGGUUUGGAGAACAGGCAAUGAAGUAGCAGAUGAAAUAUAGUGUCCGGUCAUGUACAAUUGGUAGAAGGAAUAAGGGCGUAGGAAAAAAUUUUAAAUGGGAGAAACUUGAAGAAUCACAAGUGUAUCAGUACUUGGGAGUCCUUGAGCAGGAGUCCCUAAAGGUUUGCUUGCAGAUUGAGUUGAUUAAGGAUGACAACUGUAAUGUUUGCAUAUAAGAGCAAGGAUAUGACACUGUAGCUUUAUAAUGCAUUGGUCAGAUUGCUGUUGGUGUAUUGUGAGCAGUUUCUGAACUCUUACCUGAGAAAAAAAAGAUGUGCUCGUAUUGGAUCAGGUCUGGAGAAGGUUCACGAGAAUAAUUCCAGGAAUGAAAGGGUUAAUGUAUGAGGAGCGUUAGAUGGCUUUGACCCUGUACUCACUGGUUGAGAAAGAAGAGUGGGGAUCUCAUUUAAACCUAUUAAGUAUUUAAAGGCCUCGACUGAGUGGCUAUGAAGAAGAUGCACCCUACACGGUGUGAGUCUGGGACCAGAGGCCACGGCCUCAAUGUAUAGGGCAUCCACUGACAGCAGA